AGUUAUUCUAUAUUCAAAUAAAAAAUGGAAUUAAUUUAUAAAGUGAUCGUUUUAAUGUUUUUAUCGGAAGUUAUAUUGUGUGAAAAAGUUUUCAAAAGUGUUCCCGUGACUGUAAAAACGUAUGAAAACGAUACAGUUUUGUUGCCUUGUUAUGUGGAUGUUACAGAAACAAAACACCGGGUCCGAUGGUACAAAAAUGAAACGCUCCUUGGCGACAGUAAGGACCCGAACUAUCUGCUGCCGUUGCACACGAGGAUGCACGCCAACUUCAGCCUGCAGAUAGACCAGCUGACAUCCAGUGACACAGCUGAUUACACUUGCGAAGUUAUUAGAGAAGAACCGUGGGGACCUAUUAGACAAACACAUUCUAUAGAAGUGCAGUAUGCGCCGACUGUACGAUCUGUACCCGACGAAGGAAUUCUAGAAGUGAAGAAAGGCGAAUACGUCGACAUCGGCUGCGAGACUACCGGCACCCCCCCACCCAUUGUUAAUUGGAGGAAAAAUGGCGAGUCAAUGGCUCUAUUAGAACAUCGAUCGCGAAUUCGAUUCCGAGCUGAGCACCGUCUGUUAGCCGGAGUUUACGAAUGUAUUGUCAACAAUGGAGUCGGCGAUCCAGUCAAAGCAGCCAUCACUGUUAUUAUUCAAGAUGCCCCAGUGGUGUCAACGGAUCGAAGUUUCGUUCAUACAGCGAUAGGUUUAAGAGCAGUGUUGGCAGCUAACUUGGAGUUCUCUAUACCACCAGCGCGUACUACCUGGUACCGAGACGGGAAACUUGUACGGACUGACGAUAGGGUGAUCGUAAUGGUGCAAGAUAAAGUCCAUCAAUUAAUCUUCAGAACAGUUCGAAAGACAGAUUUCGGCAAUUAUACAUUCAGAGCGGAGAACAAGCUCGGUAUGGCCGAUGUCUCUUUUAAAUUAACAGGUGUUCCGAACGUGGCAUCGUUUAAAGUGGAUCCAACUCUUAAUAAAGCGACUUCAACAAGCUUCACUCUCAUUUGGGAAGUGGAUUCUUACUCCACUAUCAUAGAAUAUCAUCUCUGGCUACGUCCGUAUUAUGGACGUUUGUCAACUGUUGAACCCGACGCUUUCACGACGAAACCGCCCGCCAAUUUGUGGAGCAGUAUUGUCGUACCGGGAGAUUCCAAUGAUGGUCCGAUUCACAGCGCAGUAUAUACCGUAAGAGGGCUUACACCGUCUACAGUAUACGAAGCCGUAGUAACAUCCAGAAAUAGGUGCGGUUGGAGUAAGCAAUCACCUGUGUUACAUUUUGCCACGGAGCCAGGAGCUGGUAGAACGCUUCCAUCAACAUCAGAUUACACAGAUAUAACACAAUUAUUGGAAGAAGAACCCGUACAGGCGCACAACAUAACACAAGCUCGUGUUUUUGAACGAUACAACGAUCUGUCAUCGGCGGGAGCGCGGGAAAAGUCAACCAUAUCUGUCACAAUGAUUGUAUUUGUAAUAAUGUGCUAUUUACUAAGUUGAUAAAAUAAAUUAAGAAAAAAUAAGAGGUCAAUG